UGCUCAGUGUAGUAGCCGGUUAUGGCGGCGGUGUGUGUUUGUCCAUGAGGUGGGGGACGCCGCCUGCUAUUCUUGUGGUGUGCGAUAAAGCGAUCUCAGCGAAGCCGCUGCCAUGGCUGGAGUAUUUGACAUUGAUUUGGACCAGCCGGAGGAAAAUGUGUCCGACGAUGAGAACGAGGAGGCUCAAAUCAGUGAUCUCAUGGAUCAGUGCAUUGAGUUCAACAUGGAUGACUGCGAGAAGAUAGAGAUAUCUGAGGACAACGUCAAUCAAGGCACAGAGAGCAUCCGACCGGAGUGCUUUGAGCUGCUGCGGGUCCUGGGGAAGGGUGGUUAUGGAAAGGUUUUUCAAGUUCGGAAAGUUGUUGGAGCUGCGUCGGGCAAAAUAUUUGCCAUGAAAGUUUUAAAAAAGGCUAUGAUUGUGCGCAACGCCAAGGACACAGCCCACACCAAGGCAGAGAGGAACAUCCUGGAGGAAGUAAAGCAUCCCUUCAUUGUCGAUCUCAUCUACGCCUUUCAGACAGGAGGAAAGCUGUACCUCAUCCUGGAGUAUCUGAGUGGAGGAGAACUCUUUAUGCAGCUGGAGAGAGAGGGCAUCUUCAUGGAGGACACAGCCUGUUUUUAUCUGGCAGAGAUCUCCAUGGCCCUGGGUCACCUGCAUCAGAAGGGCAUCAUCUACAGAGACCUGAAGCCUGAGAACAUCAUGCUCAACAGCCAAGGUCAUGUAAAGCUGACAGACUUCGGGCUGUGUAAAGAAUCCAUUCACGAUGGCACAGUUACACACACUUUCUGUGGUACCAUUGAAUACAUGGCUCCAGAGAUCUUGAUGAGAAGCGGGCACAACAGAGCAGUGGACUGGUGGAGUCUGGGCGCUCUGAUGUACGACAUGCUCACAGGAGCGCCGCCUUUCACUGGUGAAAACCGAAAAAAGACAAUUGACAAGAUUCUGAAGUGCAAGCUCAGCCUCCCGCCCUACCUCACACAAGAAGCGCGAGAUCUCCUAAAACGGUUGCUGAAGAGAAACGCGUCAUCGCGGCUGGGAGCGGGAGCAGGAGACGCUGCAGAGGUGCAGGCUCAUCCCUUCUUCCGACACAUCAACUGGGAGGACUUGCUGGCUCGGAAAGUGGAGCCUCCCUUCAAGCCUUUCCUGCAAUCAGCUGACGACGUGAGUCAGUUUGACUCAAAGUUCACCAGUCAGACGCCAGUCGAUAGCCCGGAUGACUCGACCCUCAGUGAGAGUGCUAAUCAAGCCUUCCUGGGUUUCACGUAUAUUGCUCCAUCAGUCCUGGAAAACAUCAAAGAAAAAUUCUCAUACGAGCCAAAAAUCCGCUCACCCCGACGCAUCAUGGACAGCCCGAGAACACCGCUCAGCCCGGUCAAGUUUUCAGGGGUGGACUGUUGGCCCCGGAGCCCCCUUGUUCCCAGCAGAAGACCAGGUGUCCUCCAGUCUCCUCAAGACCAGGCCAUGGAACUGUCCACCCCAGAGCAGAUGGACAUCACAACCAGCGCCGAGGCCUCGGCCCCUCUCCCCAUCCGUCAGCCUGCUGGGAUCAACCUUGCUCAGAUGAAGCAGCAAGCCUAUCCUGUCGUGGCCAAACGGCCCGAGCAUCUACGUAUGAACCUAUGACCCACCGCCCCUGUUUUGGAGAGUUUAU